AUGGGUUUAUGCUGUGUGAGAAUCACACCAUACGUAUUUUUCUUCUUCAAUCAUAUUUUCUUUAUCCUGGGAGCUCUGAUUGUAGGCUGUGGGGUAUGGAUCUUGACUGAGAAAGCCCCCUUCACCUUGUUCCUGCAGGCCUCCUCACCCUUGAUCAAGGUGGGCAUCUACGUCCUUAUUGGAGUCGGGGGUAUUUUAUUGCUGAAGGGGUUCCUGGGCUGUGCAGCCACUUUAUUUGAGAUCCAGUGUUUUUUGGGCCUGUAUAUCAUCUGCCUGGUGCUCAUCUUCGCAGCCCAGAUGGCAGCUGGGCUCUUUGUGUACUUUCAGGAUACAACUCUCAGAACCAAAGUAUCGGAUACUUUCACACAGCUUCUUCAGACUUACAACUCAACAGAUAAAGUGAAUAAAAGCCUGGAGACCGUGCUGGACUAUGUCCAGGUCCAUUUCUCUUGCUGUGGCUGGACUGGACCAGAAAAUUGGGUGGUCAACAUGGCCCUUCAGGAGAGAAACUUGACCUACUACCCCUGUUCCUGUGACAACAGCACCAUGACACAAGUGGGCUUUUGCCCCUUGGAGAAGGCAGCAGCCUCUCAAAACAUCACGGUGAAUGACUGGCCAGUUAGACAGCAGGGAUGUGAGAGAGCUGUCCAUACAUGGAUGGAGGAGAAUUUUGACAUUAUUAUUGGUGUCUCCAUAGGGUUGGUGCUCGCAGAGAUGUUGGGCAUAGUCCUUGCUUUUUGCCUCUGCAAGAAGAAAAGAUGGAGACUCUGA